AGAGAUUUAUAAGAGCCGUCUCUCAGCGUUGCUUGGCACUCAAUCCCGCACAGUCUUUUGAGGAGCGAGAGCGAAGCAUUCCGAGCGCGUAUACGCUUCCCGAGCGAAGGGAAGAGGGGCGACAGGAGAGUUCCCGGGAAAGAGAGGGAGUGCGAGCGGGGAUCACGGUAAAGGGCUCCCGGUCGCUCAGCCGUCUCUAAUGCACUACUUCAGACUCAGUUUCAAGUGCUUUGUGGACUGUUUCUGAUACCCCCCCACCCCCCGCCAAACCCACUACUCCCACCGUCAGCUCUGAUUUCGGACCUGGAGGCAGUGCUAGGAAUACGAGAACGUGCUCAACCAUAUCUACAGCCUCCCCUCUCCCUCUCACCUACCAUCCCACCUACCCCCACCCUCCUGUUCCCCAAGUCGCCCUUCCCCAACUGGGGCACAAGCCAUGAGCAUGGAAAUGGGGUCUCAUCCUGGACACAGCGGUGAUGGCGCAAGGCGAGGGAAGGGUGGGUGUUUCUCGGAGGAGGCUCAGCUAUGGAGGCAGAAGGAAGGGAGCAGAAGGAGCCCCUCAGCAGGGAGCAGGGCGGGGAGCCCCGCGGGCACUGCGGACCCCCCCCCAGGGCCGGAGCGGAAGACCCCGCAGCGGGAGACCUGGUCGAACCAGAUGGACUUCAUCAUGUCGUGCGUGGGAUUCGCCGUGGGCCUCGGGAACGUCUGGCGCUUCCCCUACCUGUGCUACAAGAACGGAGGAGGCCUGGGCUAUGCAUCAAUGGUCAUCAUUUUCUUCUGCAAUACCUACUACAUUAUGGUCUUGGUGUGGGGGGCCUACUACCUUGGCCACUCUUUCUCCUCACCCCUGCCCUGGGGCACCUGCAACAACACUUGGAACACACCCAACUGCAGCGUCAGCUCUGGGCCCCAGACUGGCACCAAUGCGACCUCCAGCAACGCCACCCAGGGGUACCUACCGGGGAGCCAGUCACCCAUCGUGGAAUUCUGGGAGAGGAAGGUUCUGAACAUCUCGAGCGGCCUAGAGGAGGCGGGAAGCCUGAGCUGGGAGUUGACCCUUAGCCUGAUGGCCACCUGGAUGGUGGUCUACUUCUGUGUCUGGAAGGGAGUGAGGGUCACAGGAAAGGUCGUCUACUUCACAGCCACAUUCCCCUACAUCAUCCUGGUCAUCCUGCUCGUGAGGGGUGUCACUCUCCCAGGAUCCUGGCAGGGAAUAAUCUACUACCUGCAACCGGAUUGGACGAAGCUGGGCAACGCACAGGUCUGGAUUGACGCUGGAACACAAAUAUUCUUCUCUUAUGCCAUCGGCCUCGGUGCCCUCACCGCGCUCGGCAGCUACAACCACUUCAAGAACGACUGCUACAAGGAUGCCUAUAUCUUGGCGUUGGUGAACAGUGGGACUAGUUUCUUUGCCGGCUUCGUUGUCUUCUCCAUCUUGGGAUUUAUGGCUCAGGAACGGGGCGUCCAUAUCUCGGACGUGGCUGAGUCAGGCCCCGGUUUGGCAUUCAUCGCCUACCCAAAGGCCGUGACCCUCAUGCCCAUCCCUCAGUUGUGGGCUGCCCUCUUCUUCAUCAUGCUGCUGCUGCUGGGCCUGGGGAGCCAGUUCGUCGGAGUCGAGGGGUUCGUAACAGGCCUCGUGGACCUCAUCCCAGAGAGAUACAACUUCCAGUACCAGAGGGAGUUGGCCGUGGCCGUGUGCAUCGUCCUCAGUUUCAUCAUCGACCUCUCCAUGGUGACGCAGGGCGGGAUGUACAUCUUCCAGAUUUUUGACUAUUACUCUGCCAGCGGGAUGACGUUGCUGUGGCAAGCGUUCUGGGAAUGUGUGGUGGUGGCUUGGGUUUACGGGGCAGACCGCUUCAUGGAUGAUAUCGCUUGCAUGGUACAGUAUCAUCCUUGGCCCUGGAUGAAAUGGUGCUGGAGUUUCAUCACGCCACUGCUGUGCCUGGGAAUAUUUCUCUUCCACCUCGUUAACUACAAGCCCCUGACUUACAACAAGGUUUACACCUACCCUUGGUGGGGGGAGGCCUUUGGCUGGUGCCUUGCUCUAGCCUCCAUGCUCUGCAUCCCCACCACUAUUGUCUACAAACUCUCACAGAGCAGGGGGACGUUGUUGGAGAGAUGGCAGCACCUGACCACCCCAGUCUGGGCAGAUCACCAUCGUCAGUACAUGGGGGUUAUUGAACACACGACUGUACCCAGCCGCCUGGUACCUCGAGCUGACGAGAAAAUUGUCAUCUACGAGAGCGUGAUGUGAGUGCGGCCCCAUAGCGACGCUCGCAAUUUACAUGAAGGCACAGGGUUUUUGGCAUUUUUUUAGCAACCAACUUUUUGAUGCACUUUAUUCGUGGACUGAGAUUUAAUUAAUAAUUGCAGAACCAGGAGGCUCUCCAACAUCAGGGAGCGAGGGUGUAGAGGGAGCUUUACUCGGUAUCUAACUCCCGUCCCUGGGAGUGUUUGAUUAAGUGGGGGUAGGGCGAGGGGAACAAUGUAGAGGAGACUUUACUUUCACUUUUAAAGAAGUAGAGGUAGCUUUACACUGUUGCUAAACCGUGUCUCUACACAGAGUCCCACUAGGCGUAGUGUGUGGGUAGAGAGGGGAGAGACAGGAGAAAGAAGGGAGAGAGAGACACACACAGAGAGAGAGAGAGGGGGUGAGAGACAGAGAGAGGGGAGAGAGAGACACAGAGAGAGA